AUGAUUCACUCAACCAAACUGCUAUGUAAUAAUAUGAAUCCAUAUUAUUUUAUCAAUAAUUUGGUUACUACACCAUUAAUUCGUGUUUCUCUGCUUCGGAAUGGCAACUAUAUCAGUAAUCGAAGGGAUGAUUCAAAACGAUCGUUCGGUCAUUGUCUCGGAAAUGUUUGUCUCGACGAGAAAAAGAACGACCUUUCCAAAAAGAAGCCAAUGAGAACCGAGAAAGAAGUAUUCAGCUUGUUUUCAUAUGUAAAGCAGCAAGAAACGAAUAGGAAUGAUGAAGAAAAUCGAAAACAGCAAAUUAUAUUCGAGCAACAAGUUAAGGCUUUAAAGGAGCAUAUUGAAACAAGCACUGCAGAAUCUGUUGAUAAAGAUAACAACAACGAUGUAGACUGGAAUGAGAUGACAGCCAAUGAAUUUCAGCGCUACACGCUUGAAUUGUUUAAGAAAUGCAUUCACAGCAUUAAUGAAAAGAAUCAUGAUUUAAAAUUGACGUUAAAAGCAGAGCCAUCAGAGCCAUUAACUGAUGAUGAAAAGAAUUUUAUACGUGACAAGUUUAGAUACUUGAUUGACACAACCGCUGUACAGUUUUUUGACAAGAUCACAAAAACAAAUAUUGUUCGACCUGAUUUUCUUGUCAUGGCUCACGACAGAAAAUUUAUUUUCGAUGCCAAACAUUACAACUCUAAAAGUGUGAGAAAUAAGGACUCUCCACUCAUUGGCAAGCAACUGAUUUUUACAGCCAAUCCAAGUCGUAACAGCACAUCGAAAGGAGAAGUUAACAUUUAUGAAAUUGUAAAAUUAUACAGAGAUAUUCAUGCAUUUAAGGCAACGGGUGGAGGUCUUAUAUUAAGUCCAAAUACGAAACUGACUCCUAGUGCACAACAUUUGGCCGUUACUCUCAAUUUAAUCAUCAUCAAGCUGAAAAAGAAAGGAAAAUUGAAGACAAGUUUUCAAAAGAUUUUCAAGCAUACCUUGAUCUUUAUAAUAUUACUUCUUAAUAUUUUACAAUCGCCACCUUUAUUGAUUUGUACAUUUUGUUGUAAAUAA